AAAGAGAGAGGGGAACAAAAAGAGAGAGAUGUGAGUGCGAGUGAGAGAGAGACUGACAGACAGAAAGAGAGACAGUGGGAUAGAAUGAAAGAGAGGGAGAGAGAGAGAGAGAGAGAGAGAAUGAAAGACAGAAAGAGACAGUGAGGGGAACAGAGCAAGACACAGACAGAGAGAAAGAGACUGAGGAAUAGAUAGAGAAAGACAGACCGACAGAGAGACAGUGAGAAAGGGAGAGGGGAAUAGAGAGAGAGAGAGAGAGAGAGAGAGAGAGAGAGAGAAAGAGAGAGAGAGAGAGAGAGAGAGAGAGAGAGAGAGAGAGAACGAGUGAGAGAAAGACUUACAGACUGGAAAAAGAGACAGUGAGAUAGAGUGAGGGGAAUAGAAAGAGAGAGAGAGAGAGAGAGAGAGAGAGAGAGAGAGAGAGAGAGAGAUGCAGAGGGGGAGCUCUUUAAAUCCACCUGUUUAGUGGGUGUGAGUCUGUGCCUUGCUGAGGACUGCAGCGGUGUGUGUGUGGAGCUGUAGUGUUGGAGUGGUGGGUUCUGUGUGUGAGUGUGUUUAUGUGUGUGUGUGUGUGUGUCAUGGACCCUCAGCUCGCCCCGACUCCACCACACCUCACCCGGCUCCCUCCUCAAGCCUGACCCCGACAACCACACACACACACACGCGCGCGCGCGAGCCCGCGCCGUCUGACUCAGUCCUCUCUCGGGAGCUCCAGAGAUCCCAGCGCGGACUUUCCCGCUCAGUCAGUCAGUCAGUCUCCGGCGCUCUCUCUCUGUCUCUCUCCGGCAUGGCCAGCCCCCGGCAGCCCACCCGUCUGAAGGCUGAGUAGCCGCUCUGGAGGCGCGUCUGGAGGAGGAUGCUGAGCGCUGCUCUGCGGCGAUAACCGCUCUCUAACCCCGCAGCCGCUCUGCUGCCGCAUUCUCUCCUCUUCUGGACACAAUUAGUGGAGCGCGGUUCCGUCAAUUAUGUUCACUUUCGCUGCCUUCUGCUACAUGCUGUCCCUCGUGCUCUGCGCUUCCCUCAUCUUCUUCGCUAUCUGGCAUAUAACAGCCUUUGAUGAGCUCCAAGCGGAUUUUAAAGUCCCAAUUGAUCAAGGCAAUCCACUUCACGCACGUGAAAGACUUCGGAACAUUGAGAGGAUAUGCUGCCUUCUCCGAAAGCUGGUGCUUCCAGAGUAUUCCAUCCACGGACUCUUCUGUAUUAUGUUCCUCUGCGCCCAAGAGUGGCUAACUGUGGGCCUGAACAUCCCCCUCCUUUUCUACAAUACAUGGAGCAGGUACUUCCACAGCCCAACAGACACUAAGGAGCUGCUCUACGACCCUGCGUCCGUCAUGAACGGGGACACCCUCAAGUUCUGCCAGAAAGAGGCCUGGUGCAAGAUGUCCUUCUUCGUGCUUUCCUUCUUCUAUUAUCUCUACUGCGUCUACCGGACUGCACCCUCUCUUUAGGACUGGUGGUGAUGGUAUAUGAUCUACUCUUUGGUAACCUCAUAACAAAGUUUUUGGCACUAAAGAAAAGUUGAUGGAUAUCAGAGACUGUUACCUGGAAAUCGGAGCGCUAAACCAAUCUCUGGAGGACUUUGUUCUUGGAUCACCUGGAGAAAGAUGUCUUCGUGGGUUUCUGAGGAGUAUGGAAGAAGGAUGUGUGUUGUUUACCAGUUCCAAUACCUGAAAGCUACUCCUGACAUUGUGGGUGGCUGGCCGUGGGGGCUCUUAACACAAUACUGCUAGCACACUGGCAUACUCACAAACGUUCACGUGGUUGUAUUUGCACAGAUUGUCUCAGGCAUAGCACAUGUGCUUAAGGACAUUAAGGCUCGACACCUGAUCACCUUUACACUUCAAUGUAGCUCCAAACUGUGGUGUUGGGUUAAAGGCACAUUGAGUGAAACAAGGCCAACCUUAUCAGCGAAUGUUUCAUUUCUUACUAGACACUCAGUACUAGACCUGUGGAUUCAUACAAUCUAAAUUCUACGUGAAUGGCUUUUGUGAUAUGUGUUUUUGUGCAUCCUGCAAUAGGCGAUUUUAAUAUGAAAUUCAUAUGUUGCAUUCUUUGUGUACAUAGCAAGAUUUCUGUAAUGCUCUGAUGUUUUUGGUGUUGUCAGUCGUUGAGACAUUUUUAGACUUAAAAAAAAGAUCUAAAAUGCUUACAUUGAGAUUUUAUCUAGUAAACUAGAGAACGAUUUUAAAAGUACCACACUUUUGCACAAUAGUUGUUAUGGGUUUGCACAAUUUAUUACAGUAGGUGGAUGUGUUGACGAAAUAAUCUAUAUUUAUAUACCCAGAAUACCAGUCAAGUCUUCCAAUAUACACUAUUAUAUAACAUGUCAAGCUUUCUUGGUGAAAAAAAAAAAUUGGGUAUUAUAUAUUUGUUGUAACAUCAUGACAAGUGAUAUGAAAUUUACAGUAAUAAAACAAGGUGCAAGUUAUUCAUCGUAACAAGAUCGGUAUUAAAGGGUAAGAUGUUCUUUCAUUCUUUCACUCAUUUUAAUUUUGCAUAACAAUAGCAAUACAAAUAAAUGAAUCUAGUUAACUGUAUCAGGAUGGUAGUCACAAAAUAAACAUGAACAACUUAAACAAGUUCCAGCAAAAGCUGCCAAAAGUCUUCUCUGAAAAUAGCCUUGCUGUUAGUUUAAUUAUUUAUUUAUUUACUCUUCAUUUUUAGCGAUGUCACACCAUGUUUUUUCGUCCCCGCACCCCCUCCCCUCGUGCAUCCUCCUUAUUCCAAGUACUGCCAAAGCCUUUGAACAAGAGGCCAUGCCGUUUGAUUGUUUUUGUCACAUCGCAGACAAAGUGUAACCACAUGAUGCGGAAACGCCUGGUGUUUAAUGAAAAGAGAUCCGUUCAGACCGUUCACUGCGGACUUGGAGGAUGAAAAGAAAAAAAAGGACAUGUAUCACAGCCAUUAUGUAGCCUGCUGGCUUUUUAGUAUGCCUUGUGUAGUUACACUUAAAGUAUGAUGACCAAACAUUUUAUAUCCCUACUGUGUAUGUGUCCAUCCGAUAUUGGUUGAGAUAUUUGUAUAUUAUGUAAAAUAAAUGCUAUUUUAAAAUCAGUUAAUAA